CCUCUUUUUUCUACUUCUCCGUUCAAAUUACGCAGCACACUGCAAAACCAACCAAAUAUAAAUAAUUUUCAAUUUAUUUUUAUUCAUCUUCUUCUUCUUCAACCACUCGAUUUUCGAUUCUCAAUUUUCUAGGGUUUAUAAUUUCUUCAAUCCCUAAUUACAAUCGUAAAAGAAUAGAAAUCUUAUCAAAAACUUCAAUUAUUCUGUCGAAGAUGAAUUUCUAGGGUUUCGUUUCUUCAAAUUUACCGAAAAUUUUCCAGUUUUUUUGGUUUAGAGAGAGAAAAAGAGGAGAGAGAAAGUGUUUCGCAAUGCAGACGGAAGCUAGGGUAGGAGUAGUGGUAGAUGGAGGACAAAGAGAUGGAUGUAAACGGAAAUACGUACAGGUUAAGCAACAACAAAAAGCUCAAAUUGGAACGAUUUCUCAACUUCUCGCCGGUGGAAUUGCCGGCGCCGUUAGUAAAACUUGCACCGCACCUCUCGCUCGUUUAACCAUCCUUUUUCAGAUUCAAGGCAUGCAUUCGGAUGCCUCAACACUGAGGAAAGCUUGCAUUUGGAGGGAGGCUUCACGAAUAAUGCACGAGGAAGGAGUAAGAGCAUUUUGGAAAGGGAACUUGGUUACAAUAGCUCAUCGCCUUCCUUAUUCCUCCGUUAGCUUCUACUCAUACGAACGAUACAAGAAUAUUCUGCAAUCAUUUCCUGGAUUAGAAAGUACUAGUGAAAAUCUAAGUGCACAUAUCUUUGUGCGGCUAGCAGGCGGCUUUUUAGCUGGAGUAACAGCUGCUGCUGCUACUUAUCCUCUAGAUUUGGUGAGGACGCGCCUUGCUUGCCAAACAAAUGUGACAUAUUACAAAGGUAUAGGUCAUGCACUACAUACCAUUUGCAAAGAAGAAGGUCCACUUGGUCUGUAUAAAGGGCUCGGGCCGACGCUUUUGAGUGUGGGGCCAAAUAUAGCAAUCAGCUUUUCAGUUUACGAGACGUUGAGGUCUCACUGGCAGUUAAAGAGACCGCAAGAUUCUACUGUGCUUGUAAGUCUUGCUUGUGGAAGUAUCUCUGGCGUUGCAUCAUCCACUGCAAUAUUUCCAAUUGAUUUGGUGAGGCGAAGGAUGCAAUUGGAAGGAGCGGGGGGCCGUGCACGUGUAUACGAUACGGGUCUUUUCGGUACAUUUGGACGUAUCAUGAGGUCAGAAGGAUUGAAAGGACUGUACAGGGGGAUUCUCCCAGAAUACUACAAGGUUGUGCCUAGUGUAAGCAUUGUUUUCUUGACGUAUGAGACAAUGAAGAAGUUAUUGUCAAGUUAUCCUGUAGAUCAGUAGCCUCCUGGAUAUAAAGAAUCCGGAAGGAUGUAUUGAUAUUGACAUAGAAGUUUCUCAAUACCCUGCUCCAUUGAUGCGAUUUUAAUUCUCUUUUUCCUUAGUCUAGACCGUCAGUAUGGUGGCAAAUUUUGCUUCUGUCACCUUUAGAAACUUUACUUGUACACAACAUUAACAUAUGUUCUAUUAAUGUCAGAACGUGUGGGAAAUGUGCUCA